AUGCGCACUUCAACUUUGGCUAGGACUAAUAAAAAGACACUAAUGACUUUCGCUGUGCGACGCGCGCUGCUUCUAUCCCUGUUUGCUGUAUGUGAUGUAUCAAAAAUCUUCGCGCUUCAGAUUCCAUGGAAUGAAUAUUGGGAGACGGUCAUGUAUCAUACAGGACUAAGCUAUCAGUGUACGUUUGUCGACAAACCGUCCCAAGUAGUACGUCAGCAUCUGCAGGAGAAUCUAAAAGGUCAGGAGCGAGCUGUUGAGGCGGUGGUCGGCGCAAUCGAAGCAUGGGAAUUUUCCCAAAGCUCUACAAAAGAUCGUGCACCGUUGGUAUUGGCAAUUACAGGACCAACGGGUACGGGAAAGACGGAAAUGUCGAAUUUGAUCGCGGAAGCGUUAUUUAAACGCAAAAAGAAGCUUCCAAACAGUGAGAGGCGUGUGCCGACAGGAUUGCUGAUGUUUCGUGGAGAGGAUUUCAGUGACAACUUUACGAACCCCAUCACAGAAUACCACACACAGAUUAAGACCAGACUGGCAGAGCACUUAAUUCAUUGCUCUGGGAAAGCUGUCGUGGUGAUCGAUGAAGUACAAAAAGUCAUCCCGCACACACUAGAUGUUUUUAUGGAGGCGGUGAGUGAAAGCUCGCAAUUAUCCUAUUACAAGCACGGAGUGACCAAGAACAUCGACACUGCCAAUGUAAUUUUCGUGCUUGUAUCAGAUAUUGGUGUCGGAGAAAUGGAGCAAGUUAUGAUUCAAUAUGAUACCCGAGAUGAGAUACCCACAGUUCAGCUUGAGAGGGUCGUCAAGUCAGCCUUAGACAAUCAAUGGAAGCGACUAGACUUUGGAAAAAUGAUUGAUCAGGUCAUUCCGUUCCUGCCUUUUGAGCAUCAACACAUCGUCGAGAUUAUUGCAUUAAAAUUGCGACAGCUGGACGAAAAUUACCGUGGCAAGUACUGGCACCGACUGUGGAUUGAGGAUCAUAUCGCAGACUACAUGUCUCGUCUUGACUCGGUGCAUUACAAAGUGCGAUCCGCAGUAGUAAAUGGCAAGAUCAAGUCCAGCAAGGUAUUUGCCAAGUAUGGCGCCCGUGACGUGGAGACAGGUCCAAUUCAGCUUUUAAAGUCGAAAUUGUUGCGCUACCUUCGCCCUUUUAAUCCAGACGCCGAGAUCCGGAUAUCACAAGACGUCGACACAAAGGAGAUUUCAAUCGUAUCAUGCGCGAUGGAGGUUGCUAAGAAGACGAUCAAACCCAAGAGACAAAGUCAGAGUACAGCGGAUGAUAACUCGGACGAUAACAAUGAGUUCGUGCACGUUGGCUGUGUUACGAAGUGGGCCGACAAAAUGAGCGAGUUGGAGUCGUCCGAGAUCUGGGGCGCGGAUGAACAGCUUGAUCCAGAGAUCUUACUCAUGUCAAAUGAAGAACUACGACAGCGUAUUCGUUUACUGGAUAAUAACAUUCGUAUCAUGCGUAGUGACAUUCAGCGCAUUAACCACGAAAGCAAUUCGCAGCGGGAACGCAUUAAGGAAAACAAUGAAAAAGUGAAGCUUAACAAGCAAUUGCCGUACCUUGUUGCUAAUGUGGUUGAAGUGCUGGAACUUGAAGACGAUGAAGACGAACAGGAUGGCGCCGCAACGGACGUCGAUGCUGCUCGUAAGGGCAAGAGUGCAGUCAUCAAGACAAGCACAAGGCAAACCAUCUUCUUGCCGAUUCCUGGCCUUGUUGACUCGACCACACUUAUCCCGAAUGAUCUUGUUGGUGUGAAUAAAGACAGCUAUCUUAUAUUAGAGAAGCUUCCGAGUGAAUACGACUCGCGUGUGAAGGCUAUGGAGGUAGACGAAAAGCCUACAGAAGAAUACAGUGACAUUGGUGGACUAGAUAAGCAAAUCCAGGAGCUUGUUGAGGCUGUUGUGCUGCCUAUGACUCAUAAGGAGAGGUUUGAAGCGAUUGGUAUUAUGCCGCCCAAAGGAGUGUUGUUACAUGGACCCCCUGGCACUGGCAAGACGUUGCUAGCACGAGCCUGUGCGAAGCAAACGGACGCUAUCUUUCUCAAAUUGGCAGCUCCACAACUUGUGCAGAUGUUUAUUGGUGAUGGCGCAAAACUCGUGCGAGAUGCAUUCGAAUUAGCCAAGGAAAAGUGUAAGGACCAAGACCGUGGUGGAGCAAUAAUUUUUAUUGACGAGCUAGAUGCAAUUGGUACGAAACGGUUUGGUGGUGAACAAUCUGGAGAUCGAGAAGUGCAGCGUACGAUGUUGGAGCUGCUCAACCAGCUGGAUGGAUUUACAAGUAAUACGAAGAUCAAAGUGAUAGCUGCUACGAAUCGUCCUGAUGUGUUAGACCCUGCACUACUUCGUUCAGGACGACUUGAUCGCAAGAUUGAGUUGCCACAUCCUACUGAAGAAGCUCGAGCUCGUAUUUUGCAGAUUCACUCUCGAAAGAUGAAUGUCGACACGGAAGAUACCAAUUUCGAUGAAUUGGCGCGCUCUACCGACGACUUUAAUGGUGCCCAGCUCAAGGCGGUGUGCGUUGAAGCUGGUAUGCUUGCUUUGCGCCGUGAAAGUAACGUGAUCAAGCACGAGGAUUUUAUGGAGGGUAUUUCGUUGGACAAUUACGAUUUUGAGUAUUUUUCCUUAAAACGAUGGCCUGUUUGUUCAAGCCUUGAAGUGGUCGAGUGGUCAAGUGAUCAAGUGGUGUUAUUAAUUGAGGAAGACAAAGUAAUGAUGACGCGUGGAAGUAGUAAAGAGAUUUCAACGCUGUAUUUGACAUGGAGGAUGGCAGAAAUCCGAAGUGAACCCAAUUUUCUGGAAGAACUUGCCUUAGACAUGCGUGUGGUCCAUUUUGCUUCACUCGACAAUGUUAUCAUUGAAGUAAACAUGGUUAAAAAAGUUAUACGAAUCGAGAUUUUGGGAGUAAACCAAAACUUUGGUGAUCAUCGAACGGCAACAGUUUCGUAUACUAUUUUUUGUAAGCUGCGCAUGAUCGCUCGUGCUCGCUUUCUCAUGGCAUUGGCUCUUGUUCCUGCCAUGCAGUCCAAGAAGGCACAGAUUGCACAGGGACGUGCAGCAAUUGUGAAUUUCAAUCGAGCCAAUUUCAAACGUUGUCGACCAGCAGACUCCUUAUCGAACCACGUCUGGCAUCUUCGAGAAGAAUUUAAAGCAAACGGCAUGGCACGCAUCAAAAGUCGCUUUAGUUCCUUAUGCUGCAAUUGCAUCGACCCCGAAACCACUUUUGAUACUGCUUUCACCCACUCUCUUAAAAUCAAUUUCGCAAUUGCCGCUGAAGCAACGAUCUUCAAAAUUAUUAAGAAUUUAAUUCGUACACUACCUUCUACUCGUAUUGGAAACAACAAGCGUCGAGUUCUAGCAAUAUAG